AUGAGCAAAGAAUUUUAUGGGUUCCAUUGUGAACAUGCUAGGAGAUAUUAUGAUGGAGGCUGGUAUGAGGGAAGUUGGGUAUAUAAUCAAAGGCAUGGAAAGGGUUAAAUAAAAAUGGAUGAUGGAAAUGAAUAUAAUGGAGAUUGGAAAAACGAUCUAAUCCAUGGAUAUGGUUAAUAUAAAUGGGAAAAUGGAGAUGAAUAUGAAGGAGAUUGGGUACGUCAUCAAAUGCAUGGAAGGGGUAAAUUAAAAAUGGCAAAUGGAGAUGAAUAUGAAGGAGAUUGGGUACAUCAUCAAAUGCAUGGAAGGGGUAAAUUAAAAAUGGCAAAUGGAGAUGAAUAUGAAGGAGAUUUAGAAAAUAGUAAGAAAAAUGGGAAUGGUCAAAUGAUAUAUGCUGAUGGAUCUGUAUAUAAUGGAGAUUGGUUAGAUGAUAAAAGACAUGGAUUUGGUGAAUAUGAAUCAGCUAAUGGUAUAAAAUAUAGUGGUUAAUGGCUUAAUGACAAAUAAAUUUGA